CUUCCAGUGUUCUGAUCAGACAACAAUUCUCAUCCUGUAAACUGUUUGUGUGUGAGAGAUACUGUCACAACUCCGACAAAAACAAAAACAAUGUUGUUCAUCCCUUUCCUUAAACAUUGUCCAUGCAUGCUUUUGUUCCUAUUGUUUACGUUGUUUUACACUUCAACAGCUUAUGAUCCGCUUGACCCACAUGGAAAUAUCACAAUCAAAUGGAAUAUUAUAAGUUGGACACCUGAUGGUUAUGUUGCUGUUGUUACAAUGAACAACUUCCAACGUUAUCGUCAUAUAUCGGCACCUGGAUGGUCAUUAGGCUGGAAUUGGGCAAAUAACGAGGUAAUAUGGGCCAUCGUGGGAGGUCAGACAACUGAACUAGGAGAUUGUUCAAAUUUUAAAGGAACCAUCCCACAUUGCUGUAAAAAACAUCCAACAGUCAUAGACUUACUUCCAGGGACGCCUAAUAAUCAACAAAUUGCAAAUUGUUGCAGAGGCGGUGUUCUUAGCUCAUGGGAACAGGAUCCAAUAAAUGCGGUUUCAGCAUUUCAAGUCAGCGUCGAUAGAGCUGGUACAACUAACAAAACUGUCAAACUGCCGAAAAAUUUCACCUUGAAAGCACCUGGACCAGGUUAUACAUGUGGGCCAGCAAAAAUUGUGAAACCUACUAGAUUCAUAACACCAGACAAAAGUAGAGUGACUCAAGCACUUAUGACAUGGAAUGUGAGAUGCACAUAUUCACAAUUUCUAGCUCCGAAAACUCCAACUUGUUGUGUCGCUCUCUCAUCAUUCUAUAAUGAUACUAUUGUACCCUGCCCAACAUGUUCAUGCGGCUGCCAGGGCAACUCAGCUCAAUCAGGAACCUGUAUAGAUCCAAGUGCGCCGAAUUUGGCCUCGGUUGCAAACAGCUUUCCAACGAAUAGUACCAUGCCUUUGGUUCAAUGUACUAGUCAUAUGUGUCCUAUCCAAGUUCACUGGCACAUUAAUCUUAAUGACAAGGAGUAUUGGCGCGUAAAGGUCACUAUUACUAAUUUAAAUUACAGGAUGAAUUACUCAGAUUGGAACUUGGUUGUUCAGCAUCCAAACUUUUACAAUCUGACUCAACUUUCCAGUUUCAACUACAAAUCAAUAAAUGAUGCAACAAUGAUUUGGGGAGUUAAACUUUACAAUGAUUUACUCAUGCAAGCCGGUCCUACUGGUAAUGUACAAUUAGAGCUAAUUUUCCGAAAGGAUAAGAGUUUUACUUUCGAUAAAGGUUGGGCUUUUCCCCGGAGGAUUUAUUUCAAUGGCGACAACUGUGUGAUGCCACCACCUGAUGCUUAUCCAUGGUUGCCUAAUGAAUGAGUAAAUCAUUGUCAGACGGUCUGGUCUAUUCGCACCCUUACAUGAGAUGAUACUAGAUACCAACCUCAUUGUGUUCAUUGUACAAAGAAAUAGUGGCAAACAGUUUAAGACAUUGAUCCUUGGAAAAAAAAUCUGUAUUUGCUCUUAAAAACCGCCAUAGGCAUUCAGCGAGUAGCUUAACAUAUACAUGCAUGUAAAAUAAACAGAUAUUUUAACUACCUCGAGUAAAAACAAAAUCAUUUUUCCAGUUGAUGGAAAACUAUUUGUAUUGAUUUGAUUGUCAAUGGAAUUAUUA